AAACCUGUGGUCUUUGUGGAGACUUUAAUGGGGUCCAGCUCUACAACGAGUUCUACAGUCAUGGUGUGAAAAUAUCUCCCUCUGAUUUUGCUAACUUCUGGAAAAUGAAUGGUCCAACUGAAAGCUGCUCUGACUACACACUUGAAUCAACACAAGGCUGCAAUGACACGAAACCUCUGUGUGAGCAGAUCCUUACAGGGGUGGCCUUCAACAGCUGUCACAGCCUGCUGGACAUUGCCUCUUUCACCUCUGCCUGUGCUGCAGACCUCUGUCACUGUAGUAAUGGUGUAGGUGAACAUGCAGAUGCCUCAUGCCUGUGCAACACUGUGUCUGAGUUCUCUAGACAGUGUGUCCAUGCUGGUGGCAAGCCUCAAAACUGGAGAACCAAAGAGCUCUGCUGGAAGUCAUGUCCCUACAAUAUGGAGUACAAAGAGUGUGGGAGCCCAUGUUCUGAUACCUGCUCCAACCCUGAAGCUAGCCACACCUGUGACAACCACUGUAUCGAUGGAUGCUUCUGCCCUGCAGGCACGGUGCUGGAUGAUUUAAAAGGAAAGGGUUGUGUUCCACUGAGCGAGUGCUCCUGCAACUACAACAGCAAGAUCUAUGGGCCAGGAGAGUCCUACACCAGUAACUGCAAAAACUGUGUGUGUGAGGGUGGCCAGUGGAAUUGCACAGAAGAGAACUGUCCAGGAACCUGUUCUGUGGAGGGAGGAGCCCACGUCAACACUUUUGAUGGGAAAAUCUACACCUUCCAUGGAGACUGCUCCUACGUUCUGGCUAAGGACUGCAGUGGAGCCUCGUUUGUGGUACAGGGAGAACUGGGGCAGUGUGGACUGACUGAUAGUGAGACCUGCCUAAAGUCUGUUACCUUGGGUUUGUCUGGAGGGGCUAAUGUGAUUACCAUCCAGCCCAAUGGCAAGGUUUUUGUGAAUGGCAUCUAUGCUCAGUUACCCUUUUCAGCUGCUGGGAUCUCUGCCCUCAAAGCGUCCACUUUCUACCUUCUGGUCCAGACAUCUGUUGGUGUUCUGUUGGAGGUGCAGCUCCAGCCAGUCAUGCAGCUUUACAUGACAGUGACCAGUGACUACCAGGCCAAGACCUGUGGUCUGUGUGGGAACUUCAACAGUAACCAGGCUGAUGACUUUCUUAAGCUCAGUGGUGUUCCAGAUGCCACAGCAGCUGGUUUUGUCAAUAGCUGGAAGACACAUGCUGGCUGUCCUGAUGUUAAGAGCAACUUUGAGAACCCCUGCAGUCUUAGUCUGGAUAAUGAGAAGUAUGCCCAGCAUUGGUGUUCCAUGUUGAGUGACCCUCAGGGAGUGUUCGCCUCCUGCCACUCAGAGAUCAACCCUGACAUUUACAAAGAGAACUGCAUGUAUGACAGCUGUAACUGUGAGAAAAGUGAGGACUGCAUGUGUGCUGCAGUCUCUUCGUAUGUCCAUGCCUGUGCAGCUGCAGGGAUCCAUAUCAGUGGCUGGAGGAAGACUAUCUGUGGAAAGUAUUCCAGUUCCUGCCCCAGUAACAUGGUGUACUCCUACAACAUCACAUCCAGCAGUCGAACCUGCCGCUGCAUCAGCACUACAGAUCUCAGUUGUCACUUCUCCUUCCCGCCCAUCGACGGCUGUAUCUGUGCAGAGGGAAGCUACCUAGACGACUCUGGGAACUGUGUCCCAUCUCAGGCUUGUCCCUGUCAUGACAAAGGCACAGUGGUGCCUCCUGGACAAGUUGUCAACAAGGAUGGGCUCAUGUGCACUUGUAAGGAGGGCAAACUAAGCUGCAUUGGAGAGUUCAUUAUACAGCCAUCAGCCUGUGCUCCUCCCAUGGAGUUCUUGAACUGCUCUGCUAAUGGUCCAGCUGCAAAAGGAAUUGAGUGUGAAAAGAGCUGCAACACAUUAGACAUGGCUUGUGUGAGCAUAGAGUGUGUCUCUGGCUGUAUGUGUCCAUCUGGGAUGGUAUCUGAUGGUAAAGGAGGCUGUAUCAAGCCAGAGGCCUGUUCCUGUGUUCACAACGGCAUCUCCUACCAGCCUGGAGAGACUACCAAGGUGGACUGCAACACCUGCACUUGUAAAGACAGGAAAUGGCAGUGCACUACCAACCAGUGUGAUGGAACCUGCUCUGUAUAUGGUGAUGGACACUAUAUGACUUUUGAUCAGAAACGCUUCACCUUUGAUGGCAGCUGUGAAUACAUUCUCACUCAGGACUAUUGUGGCAGUGCUGAGAGUAAUGGAACCUUCAGAGUGAUCACUGAGAAUGUUCCAUGUGGAACCACAGGAACCACUUGCUCCAAGACCAUCAAGGUUUUCCUGGAUAGCACAGAACUGAUUCUAACAGAGGGAAGCUACCAGCUGCUUUCAAAAGGAAAUGAAGAAAUAGUUCCAUUCCGCUACAGCACUAUGGGCAUCUACUUGGUAAUUGAAGCCAACAACGGCCUCAUUCUCAUUUGGGACAGGAAGACCAGCUUAUUCAUCAAGCUCAGUCCAAAAUAUAAGGGUCGGGUGUGCGGGCUGUGUGGCAACUAUGACAACAAUGCGAAUAAUGACUUCACUACAAGGUGCCAUGCUGUGGUGGUCAAUCCUCUCGUGUUUGGGAAUAGCUGGAAGGAUUCACCAAGCUGCCCUGACGCUCAGAGCAUCACAGGCCCCUGCACAGCCAACCCAUUUAGAUACUCGUGGGCCCAGAAAAAGUGUAGCAUCAUACAGAGUGAUGUCUUCUCUGCCUGCCACUCCACUGUGGAUCCUGCUCCAUACUAUGAAGCAUGUGUGUUUGACUCCUGUGCUUGUGACACUGGUGGAGACUGCGAGUGUUUCUGCACUGCUGUGGCGGCUUAUGCUGAAUCCUGUAAUCAAGCUGGCAUCUGUGUACAAUGGAGAACCCCAAAGAUCUGCCCUCUCUUCUGUGAUUAUUACAAUCCCCCUGGUGAAUGUGAGUGGCACUAUGUGCCAUGUGGAUUUCCUUGUAUGAAAACCUGCAGGAACCCCUCAGGCAUCUGCUCUACACAGAUACCUCCUCUAGAAGGUUGUUAUCCAAAAUGUCCUCCUGCUGAGCCAUACUUCGAUGAAGAUGCAAUGACAUGUGUUUCAAAAGACCACUGUGGCUGCUACAAUAAAGAGGGGACACACUUCAAUAAUGGUGACAAAGUGCCAACAACUGAAAACUGUCACACAUGGUAGGUCUUGAUUUAAUGUGUCAAUCAAGGUAAUAUAACUCUGCUGGUUCUGUCAAUCUGACAAUAUUUCAUGUCCUCUCUUGAAGUACAUGC